AUGCGCAGAUUAUCGGCGACCCAGGCACCAACAAGCUCAAAUCGGCAGAGGUAUACCCUCGGAGAGGUGAAUUCUGCGAACAUUGUGAUUGAUGUAAACGUUGGUCAUGGCUGGACACGAAUUCGUCUCAAAGAAGUUCCAAAAUUCCUCGUUUAUGCCUUUAAUAUGAUCUCGAUGUAUGGGAUGAAUGUCGACGGAAUAUUCCGAAAAGAGGGAAAUUCAACUCGCUUGAAUCGCGUUGAAGUUCAAAAUAUUUAUCGCGGAUUUGUUGACAUUCCGUCGGAUUACACCGUCAUCGAUGUUUGCACACUUGUGAAACGAUUCUUGAGGGAUUUGAAACCAACUCUUAUCGAUUCUGAUGAUUUUCGGGUACGGCUUCUUAAUAAAGCGCAACAAGCGAGGUUAUCGAACAAUUAUCAGUUGGGUCGAGAAGAAAUGGCAGAUUUGGUGUUUGGAGCGGAACCACCAAUGUCGGAAAUUCAUUUGUCGACUCUUGGGUACGUAAUGCGUCAGAUGAAUAGGAUCGCCACAUAUGCUGAUCAACAUAAAAUGUCGAUCGAUAACCUCGCAAUGGUUAUGGUUUGUAGCAUUUUUGGAAAUUGGAUGAACGAGUCGAAUAAAAAGAUUAAUCCCGGAAGAAGAAGCUCACAGGACGACAUUCUUGCUGCUAAAAAGCAUGAUAUGAAUAUUCACGUUGCUGCCGUCAAGCUUCUUAUUGUCAAUGCCAAUUUUAUUGGAUUGUUAAGAGAUCCCUACUUGACGAGUAGCCAUAUGAUACGAAGUUCUUCGGCCAUGCCGAAAAUGAGGUGCGGUAGUAGUGCUUACGACAGUUCUUCGGAUGCUGACGCAACACAGACCACAGCUUCAACGAGUAACGGAAAUGUAUUGCUGACACCAAACUCUCGACGUGAUUCCGAGUUUGCCCACCAUGUCGUUACAUCGAGGAAAAAAGAGGAACGAGCAACCAAAAAGAAGCGGUCAUCGUCGUUUUUGCCAAGAUUCCGUGACAUUCGGGACCGUGUUUCUUUUCUUAAACGAAUGAAAUCACCGAGCCCUGAAAGAUCUAAUACUCUAUCAACUGGCUCAACAUCGUCUGGCCGGCAGUCUCGCAGUCACCAAUCUAAACGAGGAAACACCAAUGCUGCCAGACGGAAUGGAUCGGACCGUUCAACUGGAAAUAAACCGACGGUCGCGAAUUUUUUCGAGUGUGAAAGCAAACAACCGAGUACGUCCGUUCCUCUUCGUAGAUUGUCGCAAAGCGAACAGAAUCAAGAACGUGGCGCUGAAGAAAAGCUGAGCGCUUAUGAAUUUCUUCUUAAAGAAUACAAUGGCAGUGAUUCGCCGGCGACAAGGAUUUUGGUGAAUAAUGAUCACACUAGUGAACAAAAGAAGAAGAAAGUUCGACGGUCGUCAAGAAGUCGACGGCACACAGCUCCAGUAAAUAAUGGAAUUAGUCGUAAUCGUCCUAAUGCGACAUCAACUAGGCUGCCACAGAGACGAGCUACUGUGUUGAUUUCAAAGUCGGAGGAAAAGGAGAAUCACAAAAAUAGUGAAACCGAUGACAGUUUGGAUAGCUUCGUGCUUAAUAUUGAAUCCUCUAAAGCUAUUUUGGAGCAGAAGUCAAAUGAGGCCCGUCUGAGGCGAGAAAAUCAACGACAGAAGGUGCGAAACGCCAUAACAGAAAGUUUAGUUGUCCUAAAUGGAUCAAUGGCGGUGACAGAGUCGUCAUCUAGUAUUGCAAACAAUCAGGAAGAAGAAGUACCAUCCUUGAAGAAUUCAAAUUCUCGCGAUCAAUUGACCACACUGACCGAAGAAUCUCCCCAGAAGCCGUCAUCGUCAACCGAAAUUCUUCAAGCAUCGGACACUGAAGCUUCAAGCGAUUCUACCACAUGCCAAAACAAAUAUAUUACGGAAGUCAAAAAAUGUGAUGUUGCAACGAGCCCUGUGGUGUUCCCUUCGCCAGUGGUGAAAACCCAUGAAAAUGGCCAUGUGUGGGUCGGAAGCAAGCAGGUUGUCUCGACAGAAUCACCGCAAUUGGCGCGUCGGCAGAGUCGGGCUCGACUUUCGUAUUCGAAAGCUAAUGAAUCGCAACUCGAGAUGCCACCCAAAGAAGCGACAAGUAUCGCGCGAGUGUCCGUAUCGCCGAUCAUGCAGCAUGUAACACAAACUAACAAUUGCCCGCCGUCUGAAGUUGUUACAACUCCUGGUUUGACUAGGCGCAGUACUUCAAGAUUGUGCCUGGUUUCGACGUUGGCCAAGAAUAAUAAUAAUGGGAAUGAGUCUACUUCAUCAAUUCCGCCUCCAGUGCCAGUUCAUUCGCCUCCACAUAAGAUUUCUGAAUGCCAACCCGAGAUAAAGAUUCGACGUCCGCCGACUCCUCCAUCAAAUCCUGCAAUGCUGAGUCCACUUUCACCACGAUUACCCCGUUCAUCAUCGUCGAAUCGUCUCGACAAUGCCAAUAUCAAUGAGUUCAAACUACCGCAUCUUCCGAAACAUUCCAAAGUAUCUCCUCCGUUAUUCCGACAGCCGAAAAUCGUGACGACUCGUAAUCAUUUGCGUGAGACCAAGAGUUUUGACAACGAAAUGGCGAGUACCUCAAAAGCUUCGAAUUCAUUUUCCGGGCGCGCCACAAUGUCACCGAGAACCGCUGAUUUGUUUGGAAUUGGAAAAUAUAAUCAUUUGUUCCAAUCGGCUACGGAAGAAGGAUCACUUCCCACUCGGAGACAGUCUGUUGAAAUGCGACCAUCUGUUGCAAUCAUCCGCGCUAAUAAUCCUGGACUGGUUCGAUCAAGGAUUCAUCACUUCCAAGAGAUUGAACAAUUGUCGAAAGCCAACGAUACGCUGAACGGAAGGAUGUCUGCAAUGUCGCAACUUUCGAUCCGAAGCAACGAUACAGUACAUUCAGCUCGUUCGUCAGAUGCUCACGAGCAUUCGAAAAAUCGAAUCAACGAGGCUUGUAUGCUUGAUAUGGUGGUGAACCUGCGACCUUUUGAUGUUUUAGAUCUUAUUGGGGUACGCUUGUGUAUUUGGUUAAAUGGUGAUGAUUCGUAUCCAACAGAACAGGACUUUUGGAAGUCUGUUUGGAAUUCGUCGAAAUAUCGAUUAGCUACUGAUGGAAGCGCCAAUAAGAUAAGCAAACGGGAAAAUGAACUUCAACCUCCACAAUAUAUUUGUGGUGACUUCGAUUCAAUAAAUUUCGAUGAAAUUAAAGGAACUAAUGCAAAAGUUAUUCAUUUGCCUGACCAAGAUUUUACCGAUUUACAAAAAACUAUUAAAUUUAGCUUAGAAAUGAGAAAUAAUGAAACUGAAAAGUGGGAUUUUGAUUAUAUAAUUCUUCUCGGUGGCCUGAAUGGAAGACUCGAUCACUCAUUAUCGACACUCUCUACUUUGGUAAAAUACUCUACACCUGAUAUCCCAAUAUUUUCAUUUGAUGCUAAAAAUGUGGCGUUGGUGAUACAAAAGGGUGAAGCAAAUGUUCAAAUACAUAUUGAUAAAUGUACAAAGAAGUGCGGGAUCGUCCCUUUAGUUCAAAGAGAGACUAUUACUUCUACAAAAGGAUUUCGAUGGGAUUUGGGUAACUUGAAAUUGCAAAAUCUUCUUUAA